AUGCAGCAAGGAUCUCAGGCAGCGGCCGUAACGAGAAGUACUGCUCGAAAUGCAGAGGAGGAUCGUCUGCAAAUGCCGGGUCAUCGGCCACCAAAAGGGACGUCCUCCGAUGUUGGACAUGCGCGAAGAGGUGGAACCGGUCAGCCCGGCUUUAGUACGACUUUCGGUGCAGGCGGCUUGCCGCGUGCGAAUCCUGGAGGUGAUCCGGAUGUCGGUGCAGGAUACAAUACUGACAUUCAGGCGCUUCCCUACGGAGCAUCGAAUGGCAGCAUCUUCUCCACAAGCAAUCAACCCCCGUCAAGUUCUUACCGCGCAGGAAACAACGCUACUACACCGCACUACAAUUUCACCCAACAGCAGAUAGUCGCUGCGUCUUCUGGUCAGCACCAGCCCCUUUCCAUCCCAGAACAUGGAGCAAACGCGCAAGACCGAGAACAAGACUUUUGGGAACAACCGCGCCUUGACCAGGAGCAUGUCGAACAGCUGCCUUUGGUAACGGCAGCAAUGGCGAUUCCGGAGCAGGCCUUUGUGCUCGAGCGGUUCGGGGAUAUUAUGGUACCAAGCCCGAAGUCCCAUACACGGUCGUCGUCUCUAGAGAAUAAACAAAUGCUUUUGGCAGGACGAGCGUUUGGGAUCACUACAUCACAAAAUAAUGCACAGCUCUUGCCACAUGGGUCCUCCGCUCAAAAAAGUCCUGCCGACGGAAUGGGUGCUCCGAAUUCUGUUGGCCACGAACAAUUACAGGAUGCUCGCCUGCAACGCGAAGCAUUGCUCCCUUUCACUAAGGAAGAUGAACGAGCCGUCGUCCCUGGCUCAGCGACGCAUGGUGGAUUCCCGGGUGAUGAAGGUGUUGACGGUGUGGCUGCUGUGAGACAAGCACCAGAUGAGCCCGUGGAGCGACUUAUGGAGCGCGCCAAGCGAGAAGGCUGCGAUGGACCGGUGAUAGGGAUUUUGCAGUCGAGUGACGUACGAGAGGUGCGUGCUUUCCUUAACGAGCUUGCCCUGGCUGUGGCCCCGUCCACGCAAAGCGAUUCGGAGCAGACGAAAACUAAGCAGCUUCGAGAGCAAAUUACGCCAGCGGUUGCAGCCGUUUCUCUCGCGUUGGUUCGGGAGCAUCUUGGCGCGCUCGAGAAACUGCGUGACGUGCGGCACGCACUAAGUAAAGCGCUGCGAACGCGCAAUGUCCAGCAGCUGCGCGACGCGCUCGCAUUGGCAGAACGACUGGGCAAAGCUUCAUCAGAACCACUUGCAGAAGAAGUGGUGAAGGUCCGUGCGGCACUGGGCACUGAGGAGAUCCACGAGUCGGCAGUGGCAAACCUGAAGUCACUGGUCGCGGAAGCCCGCGAACAGUUUCUGGACGCUGCACAACGUCUGCCCGCGGAGGAGCUGCAGGCCUUGUCUGAAAGGCUCCAACUCGGCGUCGAUUUCUCCAUUAUCCAUAUCGUGGACGAUGCGGGCAACGACAUUUCGGCGGCACGGGAACUGCUAUGCCAAGUGGACGCGACGGUGGACCUGCGUGCUGCACUGGCGCGUCUUGAGGAUGCUGUUGCUGAAGCCGACUCGGCGGCCGCAGAUCAGGAUGGAGCGACAGUAGUAGACGCGACUCUUGAGUCUUUUCCGGCUCUUGGCCCUGGAGGCGUCUUGAUUGGCUCGCAGCCAUCCGCACCCUCUAACAGGCCUGCGGGCGCCAUGAGCUUUCGCCAGCAGAAGCUCCAGGCCAUGAACGAGAGCCGAAUGCCACCACAGCCAGACAAACGACAACAGGCUCUGCGCGCUGUCUCGCACUUGAUAGCAUGUGCGGAAGCAGAAUACCCGGGUAAAAAGGUGCCGCCUGGCGAAAUCGAUGCGGCAAAGGCUGUCGUGAGGGGAAUACAGGACAAAAUGUUACAGAACAUCACGAACAGUCUAAAAGCGUCGAGCGGUGUAAUAGAGACAUCGGCGGAUCGAAAAGCCGGAGAUGAGUACUACUUCUUUGUAUUUUCACAGAUAUUUUCUCAAUUGGGUGAUCCACCUUGGUAUGUAAAUAUAGUUGUGAUACUCGAUGCUGUUGUUGUAAAUGUAAGUUAUUAAUAAAAAUUAGUACCUCCACUUUCCUAUUCAUUGAUUAUGAUCCAUCGUGAUCACAAUCACGCCCAUUAGUGUAUGAAAUCGGUAUUCUCCCAGGGGCGAUAACGUAGUCGCAGCGGCUUCUCGUAAUAAUGAGCCAACUUCGGUCGUGGGCGAGCGCUUGACGCGCAAAAACGCCAGAGACCUCGCAAGGAAGCGAGACAGUCUCGUUGCGAAAGGAGGGGCGUUGAGCGCAGGCGAUCGAAUGCUGUUGGGAGAGGUGUUGAUGAUGCUUGAGCAGUUUGAAAGGUCAAGAACGCGCCAUCGAGAGGAGCUGCGCAGCCUUCUGUCAAAAAGAAGUAUUAGCAAAAACCGCUUGCAGGAGAUCGUGGACGGAGAUGAGAUCAGCAGUAUGGAGUCCGUCAUAGUUGCGGCGCGUGGCGUACUGGCGUCGACGGAAAUGUCCGCGAAUGAGCGGCCGAAUAUUAACUUUAUGACGACCCAAACUGCGGGAUCAGCCCUGAUGCCGGAAACGAACGCCGCCGCUGGAGAAGGGCCCCUGCUCGUGUCUUCGAUAGAAAAGGCUACAAGAGAUGCAGCCGCUGCGACAGAUAACGCUAGAGCACCGGAACAAGAGGUAGCAGGGCCCGGCUCUGCAGGUGUUGCCACACAAAAGUCUGCAUUUACAGAGGACGUUUUAGAUGACGGCGAAUGGCGCCCUCUAAAUGAAAACGAUGGUCCGGCGAAGGCUGCAGAACAGGUUGUAGAUGCUCAAGGCGAAGAUGCGUCGAUGGAAGGGCGGCCCCCUCCUGGUACAAGCCCACCACCAGUCGCUGCGAUGGGGUCCACGCUUUCAGUCGAUCCGGGAUCCAGCCCUUCAAAGCGCAUCCAGCAUUUCUUCCUAACGCCGAAUAUGCCAGAAGAUGGAGCAUCGCAACGCUUUGAGUCUUCAGUUGGUCGUGAAUAUGAUCUGAUGACCUACUCGCCGUCACCCGGAGGCGGAAGCGGAACUAGCAAUCAGGCACAAGGAGAACCGUCCGCGUCAUCGCUUGAGCGUGCAUUUUCGCCUCAUGGAGGUUACCCCGCAGGGUACGCAAUGCCGACGCGGCUUUUUCCGGUUGCUGAGGAAAGUCCUGGCCUGCAGAUGUCCAAAACGACGGAGCGCGUACCAGAAAUAACGGCAGAAACGCCGUUGGUUGCUGAACCUGUUGCAAGGUCCUUACCCCCUGACGCGAGCGUGAGCCAAACUAAGGCACCUGCUCCUGCAGUCGAAACAGGCCAAACUAAGGCACCUGCUCCUGUAGUCGACGAUCCGCCUUCUGAAGCACAACAAGCACCAGAGGUACAACCCGAUCCAGAGACCAAAACUGAAGUGAGAGUUCGAGAAACCGCUGCCUCAGGGGUAGCUCCUCGUGUUAGUUGUGUUACUGAGAACAAGGAGGCCGAGAUUGUUGAUGCCUCAAAAACUGCUAAAGAUGCAUUAGACGUAGCACCAGCGUCAUUGUCUUAUGUGGAUCCAAGUUUUCUCGGGAAUGGCGUGCUGCAGAAAGAUGCUGGCAUAAAAAGAGAACAGGCAGCACCUUUUCCGGCCACAGCUGAUGCGGAAGAAUUAGCAGCUCCACUGUCGACAAGCAUGUUUUUGAAACCACCAACGCCGAGUGCCUUUGAUACGAAAGCAGGUGGCGCAGAGCGCCAUCCAGCCGCGGCAACAACACCGCUGAAAGAAUAUUCUCUUUUCAACCAGGCCAAGCGGAUUGUGGGUGUGCCCGACAGUGCGUCUGUCAGUGUCGACGCGAGCCCCGAAAAGGGGGAAUUGCCACAGGGCCCGCUUUCGUUGAUGCUGAAUCAACAGUCAGUUGCUGCGGCUGCAGCCUCGCGGAUUCCACCCGCGGAUACGGGCGCGAAUAAAGCACACGUGGUCCUCGGAGGAGUGCAACCAAUCGGAGCAGCAGUUAUUGUGCGCGAUGAAGUCAGCAGUGUAGCCGCAUCGCAACUAAGCUCAUCGGCGGAUGCAGAGGUGCGGAAUGAACGACAUGGUUCGAAGGAACAACCGAUGGAGAAAAGAGGACCUGUUCUUGACGAUGUCACGGAAGACUCAAACAUGAUGCUGAGAACGAACGUGCAGUCACAAGCGGUGCCGCCGGUCACUUCGAGCCCAGCAGGUGAUGACCAAGCGAAUACCUUCAAGAUCAAUGAGCAGGAGCCCAAUAGCAAUCUUGCGCCAUUUUUCGCUCCAGCUUCUGAAGAAGAGCCUGCUUUCAUCAGUAUCUCGGACAAAACGGUGGAAAAGACUACGAAACAACAAAAUCAAGACAUUUCUGAAGGCAUCAAGCCUGUCGUUGUAGAGAAGGACCGCGCGCCAGAACCAUUUGUUAUGGUGUCACCCUCUAGCAGUAUUCCAGAGAAGCAGGAAGCUGUCCACCAAAACACCUCUCCGGCUGCGCAGGUGGUUGAAUCAGCCGUCGCGUCCGUUCUGUACGUACCUGUUCCUUUUGUGGAAACUCCUGUGGAGGACGAGCACGUUGAGAAGACUUUUGUUCCAAGUGUGGGAGUUCUUCAGGCGGCUGUCGGGACCGUUGCCGAUCAAACUGACGAGCCUGUUUCGAGAUCGUCUUCAGGAGGAAAUCGCUUGGAAGAAAAAAUGGGUGUUAGUUUGGCUGAGGACCAACAAGAACAAAAGGCAUGGCAGCAAGAUGCUGCUUUUGUGCCAGAUACCGCUGCUCUUACCAGCGACACCGCAGCGGACCCUCGUGACCAAGAAACUUCAUCUAGCAAGGUUGAUCUUGUUACGCUUCCUGAAAUGAAGAUCGCAGACGAUGCUGAGGCUGGAUCUUCGUACUCUGACAAAAGAAGGAUGGCUGUUGGUGCUUUUGCUUCACCAAAUGAAGAUCUGAACGCCAUCCAGACGGACACCAUGAUCCUCCAGGGACGAAAUGAUGUGUCGCUCAGCUCGGCACUGGACCUUGGAAUCUCCAAAACUGACGCGCUUUUAAAAAGCCUCCCUCGGCCGAAUGAAUUGGCAGCUCCUCAAAAAACGGAAGCGGAAGAGACACUUUCUGCGCCUGGGGACGGACGGCCUUCGGAUGAUUUCAGAACUCUGCAGUUUUCGGAAUAUCCAGGUUUCUCCACAUCCGCAUAUGGUUACGAGGGACGAUUCUUCGAGGUCGACGAGGGAGAUCAUUCGAAUCGUCGCGAGCUUGCGUCUCUGAACUCAGUAUUGGACCAAGAUCUGGCAAAGACAGACGCUCUUCUGAAAAGUCUGCGGGCAAUUUCCACGCGACUCGAGGUGGUGUUGGAAGACGUAGACGAGGAAAGGCAGGAAGAAGAGCAACUCGCCGCACGAGCGGGAAGAGCAGUGCAAGCUUCGAUCUCCGGAGCAGUUGGGGUGGAUCAGGAAGCGGAGGGGGCACCACUUGACGUGGAUGUUGACGAGCUUCACACAGCACUGCAGAGAAACACCCAGUUGGCACAGUCACUUUUUGCGCAGUUUUCCGAGGAGUUGCGACGUGCGCAGGAGCAAGGCCUGGCAGUCGAGCCAUCAGUGCUGGCUCUAUACUCCCGCGCUUCAAAAAAGGCGUCGGUCGCAACAAUCAUCGGUACGCCAGGCGAGGCUCCGGAGGAGGGCUCCGUUCUGCAUGAUAGAGCGCGAGUAGGUGCAGUAGAAGGACCUUCCGAAUUCAAAGCCAACGCAGCUGACAAUUCCGUUUCGCAACCGCGAGAGGUGUCUUACGUUCCACGCGAUUCGGACCCGGCGUUUCGUGGUGAUAGUGAUGUUAUGCAUCAAGAAAUCAAGAAAUCGCCAGACCACAGGGACGCAGCAUUGGCAGACCGCGGAGAAGCGGCAUCACCAGAGGAUGAGGACCCAGCAGUGAUGGAGGAAAGGAUGCGCAACGGCUACCGAGAAGAGCUGCUGCGCGCGAUUGAGGUACGCGAUAUCCUGGAAAUCGAGCGCACUCUCAUUGCGUUCACUGCUGUUACGCGCAUUAAUGCCUUUGUUGGAGGACUGGUGAGCAGCCCGGAGCAAGAGGACGGAGCUACUAUGGACCUGGUGGCACCGAGCUCCAAGACUAGCAGCAUGCCGUCGCCGAGUAGCCCCUGUGACAGUUCGCUACUUCUCGGCUACGCAAGCGCGACCGAGCGCGCGAUGAAUGCUGCACUGUUGACGGAGGACGACAAACUUGUUGUUCUCGGGCACGAUGUGCUGCGUACGGCUUGCGAGGAGCACGCAAGUCUUGUGCUAGGCGUCGAGCUGCCGCCACGGAGCCUCGAGGGACGGCGCCGGCUGAUGCAGGCCUUGGGCUGGCCGCUGCAUUUGAGUCGGUGCUUCUCGGUGCUCGAUGACGAGGGUAAGCAGAGCUUCUUUGGCCGCAUUCUUUCUGGCGGCCGGGAGCGGAAACAGCAGAUCGUGGAGAAGCACGCGCUGUGCGCGAUGCAGCACAGCGAGUUUCAGACAGCGGCCAGCCUUUUCCGCACGCAAGUAUCGUCCUGCGACUGGGAGGGCCUUUGGCGCGAGCUCAUUGUCGAAAAAGCACGUCCUGUGGUGGUCGCGCACGGCGAGGAUCAGUCGCGUCGAGAACUGCUGGGUGCGUUUGACCCAUUCGGACUCGAGACGUUUGUUGCAGUGGAAACCCUGUUUCAAGUGAUGGCUGCGGAGCAGCCAGAGCUGUUUUCUGCUGAAGAGGUACGGCAGUUGCUUGACUUCGUGCGCGAGCACUUGCAACCCACACCUGCUUCUUCUGGCUCGGCUUUUAUCGGCGAUCAAAAGUUGAAGACUCCACUGGUGUUUUUGGAAGACCUAUCUUGCUUGCCCACAUCCGCGGAAAGCCCCGACUUCUGGAUUCACUGCAGUCACGGAGAACUCUCCAAACCUGGUGAGAUUGCUUUCUCGCUGAGCAUACCGUGGGAGCUGCACCUCUAUCUUACGUCGGUGGCUGACGGGCGAACGCGCGAGCAAGUACAUUCGGGUGAGUUUCUCAACAAGCGAUUCGCGCAGAAUCUGGGCACCCUCACUGAGCGGCUACUGUCCCCAAGAGCACAGAAUCGUCGCCAGCAGCAACGGAGAUUGCGUUACGUGCGUCAAGCUCUCCAGAAGUUCGUAUUGGACCAUGUGGUCCUCUUAGAAGAUCCUACUACAGAUUCGAGAGAGCGCCUACAUCAAGAGCAACAUCAAUCAACAUCAACACCUGACUUCUUGCAGGUGGAUGACUCUACUCCUGGAAGCCCGAAGAACGCACCAGAAGGGCUCACGACGAGCCAGUGCCGACUGCUGCGAGGAGAAUUCCAGGCACUGACUGAGGCGUGCGCACCGACCCGAAAACAAAGAGAGGAUGACGAAGCGCUCGUGCAACUCGCAACUGCCGUAGGGAAGAGGCUAGCAGGAGCGGACCGCGCCCGAUCUCUUCUGCUAGAUGAGAAAUCAUUUCUCACAGUAGAAGUGGCCAAUGAUGAGGAGGUAGUGGUAGAUGCAGAUGAUGCGGACAUAUUUUUGACGAUAGCAGAGGAGGUAGAUCAGACGGGGAUUGGCGUGGGCGCAGGGCAGGCACCAACCAACAUGCAGCUGAAGUCACGCGUAGUGAUCCUAGAUUUGCAGGGUUACUCCCUUCCCGAGCCAGAGGAGGUCGAUGUGGCGACCGCAACGCGUCCACUGGUAUUACCGUCAAAUUAUGCCGAAGCACUCUACGUGGAGAAGCUGCGUUUGAAAACUGAGGUGGCCCGGAGAUUGCUACUACAGCCCACAACUUUCAAGGUGAUAAACAUGAGUAAGCAGAAGUUUUUGUACCAGAUUCCGGAGGGAGACGCCAACUUGGUGGAGAAGACUCGUGUGCAGGUGACAGAGGUGGAAAUGAUGACGGUUCCUUUGGAGCGAGCGCUGGCAUCCGAAUCUUUACCGGAGUUAGAGCGAGCGAUUGGAGGGUUUCCUCCACCGGACAAGAAGCAGUUGCGUUCGCGACUUCCACCUGGCACCCUGCAUUUGCUUUCUCGAUGCGAAGCUAAGCGUAAUUCCAUGGCGUUGCAGAGGCGAUUGAACCAGCAAGUCGAGAACGCGCGUGCGGAAGCGGCAAGCGGUAUGAUCUAUGGCGCUAAGGUUUCCCGUGUAUCCCAGACCAGGAGCUCCAGUGCCGAAGCGGGUGCGCCUGGCAUUGCCGGUUUGAGUUCACAACGUGGAGAACAUGCGGUUGCGGAGGCGUCCGUGAUUUCACCAGCGAUUCUGGCUGGAGGCACCUUUAGCCCGGAGAAGGCGGCUGGCCCAGCUGUGCCUGCACCUGUGCUCGCGACAGCUUUUGCAGGGCAGCAAGAUGAAGCGUCGGGUCUGGUACCUUUUGCAGAAUUAGAUGCGAAGUACGAAAAACAGGAGGGAAGAACGCAAACCCUCGCCAGCGACCAUGACAUAUCACAACGCGUAGCCAGCACCGCUGAUCGAGUCGCGUCUUCCUUUUCAUACAAAGAGGCGCACGACGCUAAAAGUGGCGUUAGUGUACCGGGAGGACUCGAUUCGGCGCGGAAUCUUUUGCAGGUGAGCGUUGGCGACAACGUGGAGGUGGCCUCCUCAUCCUGCUCCUCGUCCAUGCCGCCACCAGGGAGACACCCACUCGACAAGCAAGAGGCCAAGCGACUGCAAGUUGUGAAAGAGUAUCGAAGACAGAUGAGUUUUCUUCUGCAGAGGCGAGAUGUGGAUGGGCUGCGGGCGCUGGAGCGAGAGGUGCCAACGCAGGAGGCGUUGACUUUCACCAGGUUUGAUGAGGAAGUGCGAACCGCCUUGCGCACGCUCAUGGCCGCUUCCUCUCUGUUGCAAGUGACAAACAGCCUCGGUGUCGACCGAGAAGCCGAGAAUCUUGUGAGGCUUACUGCGGCGAAGGGCACACGGCAGCAGACGCUGACUGAUACCGCUGUACCGAAUUAUGGUGCAACGACCUACAACAAUUUCGAUACCGCAGCGGCGAGUGAUCCUACUGUUUCGAUUUCGUCAAACGCCAUGUCGAAAAAUGUGGAGUUAAAUGCCAGCACCGCUGCCGAUGAAGGAGUUGCCUCGUCAAGCACCGAUGUCGUACGCAGUCCGGGUGGAACUGUGUAUCCUCUGAAUUAUCCGCCGGAAGUAGUGGCCAUGUGCGAGCGUGCGCAGCGCAACCUUUUUGUGGUACGCAAAAACGAGGAAAAGGAUGCUCGCAUGCUUGAGUUGGCUCACAUUCGUGACACCUACAAGAGGGAAAGCGUUUUCACGUCACGUGCGGACGCGAGCAGCGUAUUCUCUAAUACAACCGGCGCUGGUACUUCCUCAACACUUGGAGCUGCGGGGAUGAGCGCGAGUUCAAGCACGAGUGCAGUGCGCGUGCCCCCUGCGGGGAGCACAGCUUCGUCAAAUAAGAAGGGCUUGGAACGCUUUCUACGCUUGGAGCAGGAGAAAAUGCAGGAUCUACGAAGCUUUCUGCGGCAUCUGCGGAGGGCUUUGAACCGAAAUGGCAGCUCGUCAGGCGAUUUGCAGCAACUGGGGAAUAAUUAUCUUGAUGGAAUGGAUCAAACAGGGGUCGGCUUGUUAGACCAAGGACUUCAACAGCCGGUUGCGGCUCCUUCACUAGCAGGUAGUGGAACAACGGACUUGAGUCGAGCUGCAUUCGACGACGAGCGGCGGGUCCGCACAGGCGAGAAGUCAUUGUUACGCAAGGUGGUAGAUCUCGAGGGACAGCUGACGAACUACAGCAAGUACACUUCAACACUAUCAAGCCUGCUGAAGGACGUGCGAGAGAAGGCAAUGACCAAUGACGUGAAGGAACUCGAGAGAAUGCUGCACCGCCUCGAAAAGCAAGUCCUACUUUGCGAUAGCAAUCCAAUGUUUGGUGGCAACGGUCCGAUCGCAGGUUCUAGUUCUACGGCGGACAAUGCACUGGAUGAGCCGCCAGCAAUAAGCCCAACCGGAGGUGUGGAAUCUUUAUUGGAAAGUGCACAGGUGCCUGCGGCGCUCACGCCCUUGCCACCAGCGGGUGGAACUACCCGCGGGCCUCCAUCUGGGAGAGGUCCUCUUUUUUACGCGGAUUCGGGCACUGAAAUGGACUUGACGUCGACGAUGAACCUGCAGUCCUUUCAUCCAGCGUCUCCUAGCGGAAACAGCGUGACUCCAGCUGCUCAUGUUGUAUAUCGGGAGGCCCAACACGAGGCGCCUGCCACCGAAGACGACCUACGGCCAAGUAGCGGACAAGGCGCUUCCCCGGCAGCGCAGUAUCAGGCUGGCGUCACCUCCUCGGUGGGUAAUCGGGAACCCAUUUCCGACCUGGGCACGAACCCGCAGACUCAAAGGGCGAUGUCGGUCGUCAAACGGAGCUCCCAUCCUUUGCUUUUGGAGGCCGGCGACGCUUUGGCCAUGCUAAAGCAAAAGAUUUACCUGGUAACACUGAUGAAUAAGGGAGAUAGCCUGCGGGUACAAGCGUUGCUGGACGAGCAAAGUGUGCCGGCCGACGAUCUGCCACGGGCAAAAGCGUUUCUGCAGAAACAAAAGCUCGUCCAAGACUCGAAAGCGUUGGAUCAGCGGGUCAUGCGAAAGUUGGAGAACGCGAUGGCUCGCCAGGAUGCCGCGACAGUGACGGUUCUCAUCGGGAGUAAAAUAAAAUUGAAGCCCGUGGACUUGAUUGUGGCGAACAAUUUCCUGCGCAAGCACACUUCUGCUGCACAGCGACUACUGUCUCAUGUUGAAAGCGAACUUGGGGAAGAAGUUGAACAACUGGCACAGAAACUUGCGGCGACUGAAAGCUCACUAGAAUCGAUUCAAGAAAGCGCUCCAUCUACUGCCAAUGAAGAGACUGACGAAAUUUCUCUGGGGACACAUGCUCCGGCUGCGCGCGAGGCGGCGUUGUUGGGCCAGAUAGAAGAGUGUUUGACGUUUCUAAAGCGUGACACCCUUCUGCGGCAUGCAGGGGCAGUGAAAGACGCUGCUGCACGAGCACGCAGCUUGCAUGUUUUGCCGACAGGCCCGUCCAGUUCCACUUCUUCGGGAGCUGCAGGAACCGAUGCAAAUGGUGUGUCUGAUGAAGACCUGGAUCUUGAUGUGUUGCUGGGAUUGCCACGUGUGUCUGAAAGACCGCCGGCCUUUGCGGAUUCAACGCGCCUGGCGAAGGCAAUUGAUUCCUUGGAGCUGCAGAUCGCUUCUAUGGAACAGCGAAGGGUGGAGCUCACAGUGUGGCAAUCGGAGUUGCAAGAAACGCAAGUGGAACAGAACCGGCAGGAUCAAGGAUUGGGGCCGGCACCGAUCGCAGAAGGGGCUACCAGCACUACCCCACACCACGAUAGUGCUUUCGUGACGGAGGAGCAACCAAGUAAAAAAGGCGGAGACUCAGGCGCAGCUUCUGGCCCGUCAAGAUUUGAUGUAAAGGCUGAUGCUUCACAGGCUGCAGCUGCAUCAUUUUCACCGCCGACUCGUGGCGCAGCUGAUGUACCUCUAGAGCUCCGGCAGUCUGAUCUCAUUUGGCAAUUUUCGUCUCUGCCUUCCCGUAGUGCGUCAGACCUUGUAACUAUCUCCCCGGGUGGUGUCCAGGUGGCGAGCGACAAACCGUCUACUUCAGCCGUGAUGCCACCUGAAAUAGGAGGGGAUGGUGAAAAGGAUAAAGCAGGAGAGGUUGUUGCAUCUGCGGAGUCGGCAGAGCAGAGCGCGGAUGCGGAUUCUGUUGCAAUUGGCCCGGGAAAAUCCCCUGCGGUUGGCUCUGUAUUGUCGGAUGGUAGCCUCUUUGAGCUGUCUCCCGCUGCAACGUCGGCAGCCUUCCGGUCGGCAGACCGCUAUGAAAACUUAAUUGGUGAAAAGCUGGCUUUCGUUGCAAUGUCGCAAACGGCUUCAAACGACGGACUGGAAGGCGAUAACGGACCAGUAAAGGUUCCAGAGGAACUGCGACGCGCGGUUUUGCCAGCCACGGCGCAAGCUUGCACGAAAUCCUCUCCGGCAACCAGCAGGGUCGCACGAGGGGGCGAUGCGAAUGUGAAUGCAUCCGAUGUUGCACAGGGAGACGACCUUGACGAGCCCAUGGCUCGUAGUAAAGAUGCGCUUCUUCAUGUAAACUCGGGGGAAAACGAAAAGGCCAGAGCCGUUGAGGGGGCGGCGGCAAGCGCUGCAGGAAAUCAAAUGCAGGUUGACCAGGCAUUGCAACAAGCAGUCGCGAAAAACGGUUCGGCGGCGUCGCCAUUCCCACACUCCGAUGCAGCGGGUGCUUCGCCGAGCACAGACCACGACUUCGGCGGAACCCCGACUGCGCAGAGUCCGGUGGAGUUUGGGUCUGCUGUUGGUGCAGACAGUCAAAAGCGCGCCGUUGACGUUGUUGCCGAUGGCGGAUUGCCAGCUGAAGAAGAAGAGGAGUCCUUUUCCCUGGAAUUUGAUGAUGACGAAGAUCCCAGUUCAGACCAUAGAAUAUUCAGUAAUGAUUCCGGAGCGGAGCCGGGUGAAGAUCAAUCUAUGGAGCGAGGUGGCGAGGAGCAAGGAAUUAAGAGGGAGCUACCAGAAGAGCAAACAGCUUUUGGAGUGGGGGAUGCAGCAGGCUCCAAGGAGAUGCCGCGCAUGACUAAGGAUUCGCCGCGUACCACUCUGGAAAAGGUGAUUCUCUUUCUGACGACGGCUGCCGACGCAACAGAUCUGAAUGUAGCGGCUGGACAAGACAUUAUCAACCUCUACGACUUCCAGUUACCCACGAAUAUGCAGGUCCUAGACGCGGAUAUUGAGCGGCUGAGAACUUGCCUCGCAUCUUACAAAACACGCGAGUCUUCGGUGACCAGCGGUGACGCAGAUUUAAGCAACAUUCCAGUUUUUCGGGUCCGAGCGGAGAAUGUAGACCCUCACCUUCCGCCAGAAACAUUUUCAUGGCCGCCCGGUAGUGGAUCUGCGACGUCAUCGAAACCAUCCUGUGAAGAUGCAUCAGAAGGAGAGUGGGUCAUAUUAGGAGCAGAGGCAACGCCAAAUGCAGGGGGAGAGAAAUCUGUCGUUGAUGCGGGAGAGGCAAAAGAAGCCGCGAUAAACCAACGCGUACCCGCUGCAACCAAUCGAGGAGGUUCAGACGAAGCAGAGGCGUCGUCAGCGUGCCUACCUGAUAAAACUUCCGAUAUCGAGGCCGUGAGCGAAGAGGGAGAGAUAGACAAGGACGUCCCUGUAGGAGACAACGAUAGUGAGGUAGGCUUGCCUGUCGCAGGCAUGGCACAAGACGAGGUGAGUUCCCCCGAGUCGAAUGUACUGAGCAGCAUGUCGGGUCACAACUAUGCGGGCCUAGGUUCUUCGCCCGGCGGAGGCGCUUCUCCUGCACUCGAAGCCGGCAGCGCUGCAAGCCCUGACUCCUUGUUUAAAGGGUUACCUGAAGACGAAGCAGGGGGUGGAACGAGCGCUGAAGUGAGAGGUUCACUGACAGUGUCAGCUGAGAUCGACGGUGCAGAGGAGCCGGUGCAACCGACGCCGUCCCCUGAUUACGAUGUGCUGCCAUCGCCGUAUGUUAAGGAUGGUUUGGGCACGAACCACGAAAAUCGCAACAUUCUAGAAGCCUCAUCGUCAGCGGUCAGUCCUGUAGAGGAUGGUGAGACGCAUGAAAACGAUGCUUUCGCGCGACACGCUGAGGACGAUCCGGAAGAUGCUGUGCAACGGAAACACGACGAUCCACGUACACUAGCACACGGGGAAGCGAGGUCUGUGAUGGAGUUUGUCGACGGAGUAGACGAGACGAAGAUUCCCACAGCAAAUCGGUCAUUCUCGCACACUUCCUCGGUCGCUAGAGCAGACGCGGAAGAUGUGAUAAUUCUGCAGGCACUAGAGGAAAGGGAAGACGCAGAUCGCGGCCAAGUUGGCUCGGUUCUGUCAUCGCUGCGCGAAUCCUUGAAGCAAACUAACGCGGAAAAACUGCGGCAGUCGAUCGAGGACUUGAACCAUUUGCCGGACAGUGCGAAGAAAGAGAUUCCAGCCGCACGCCAGGCGGGCUACAAAAAAAAGUUACGUCGUAUCCAGACCGCGGAAUCUCUACGGUACUCGAUGGAGCAAGAGCAAGUGCACAUCAUGGCUUUGCAAACGGCUAUAUUGAUGGCGGAGCGCAACAAGCUAGACGAGGACACGCUCGUCGCUGCCAAACGCAUUCUGCGUCUGGCGGAAGCGCUCAAAGACGAGAAUCCGCGACUAGUGCAACGGUAUUUGGCGGAAGGUGAUGUGUCGAACACACACGUCGUCGCGCAAGCCGAAGCUUUUUUGGCUAGGUCCAGUCCGCCCGUUGCGGCAGUUUCUCCAGUGCCACCAGCAGCGGCAGAACGACGCGCGCAGCCUGAAGAGGUCGCAACCGAGAGCUCGCCGCUCGAUUCGAGGCAGGAAGAGAGCGGGACAGCGCCCGUUGCGGAACAAACUGAAACUUCCGUCAACGACGAAACUUCGCCUGCUGACGAGAUGACGGGUCCAGAACACAUGGUACUGAUGUCUUUUAUUUUCGUCGAUACUAAAAAAGAUAAAGAAGAUGUUACCUGUACUACUUGCUGCACAUCAUUUUUUGGUGCUUACAUCGACAAAGACUCUUGACUAAAAGUUAUCGCUUAUACACGCUAGAGCGCACGUAAUUUUAGCACCAGGAGAUGUGUUUCCGUCUACUGGAACGUCUUGUCUCCUACUACGGCGGUCUGGUCUCUUGUCAGAAGUAUCGAGCAUGUGCUGUUUCAGUGAACGAGAGUCACAACACAAUAAUUUCAUCAGAAGCCGAUGGAUCUUUUUGUUCACUGUUAGAUCGCUUAGUAAAGUCGCGUUGCAAAAUUCCCGAGCGUUAUUGGCACCGGUCUAGCGUGUUCUCAAUUUCUAUCAAUGUUGAUCGAAGAAAAACACUGUCCGCAGCGUCUGCGAUGUCGGUCGUUAGGAUGUUGUCAUAAGCUUUGUCUGUAAGUGAAGCACAGUAUUAAAUAGUCCCGUCGACAGUUUCUGGGCAGCAUUCCACUCCGUUUGUCUGCGUGUGCCUCGUUCGGAUCUCCUGAAUUUACCGCAAGCCUGUAAUACAGCUACAUACCUACCUCUACCAUCAAGAACUGCAUCGGGAGUCUCAGCGUUUAUGUCCUCAGGGUUUUGACGUUCUUUAGAACUCCCCUGUUCGGGCAGAGUCGGCCGGAAGGGUCACUGUUGAUAAACGCAUUCUUUUUGAUGGUAAAAGUAGGUUGUACUGUAUUCGUAGUAGUCUCAAUCAUGUUUAGAGAUUGACUUCACUAUCCACCAGUAGUGGUAGUCACUCGUAUGGUUGUUGCACUCCUCGGUAGGUCAUCCUACUAUCACAGGCUGCGGUGGCGCAAACGCUAACCCGUGGACGCAUGCGGCUGUGGCGAGCUCGAUAUCACUCCCAGUGGACCGCGAGUCUGCAAUUCAAACAAAUGUCAGCAAUUCUAUAUUAUAAGCACUGUUGUCCCUCUCAAGAACAAAAGCAUUCCUCCCUGUUUUUCUCGCUCUGCCUUUCUUCAAGACCUAGAGCUUUGAGAUGAAAAGGGGCUGAAUCAUGAUCUAACUGGCACGUGCUCUUUCAGACCUGUUUCAGUUGUUAUCAUAACUCAGGUGUGGACGUGUGCGUAUUGCAGUUAUGAAAACCUCGCACUGUUGGCAACGUGUGAUAUGUGUGGGCAGCGAAGAACCCCUGGGCAGUCACUGCGUCCAAUGCCAAGACGCGACGAGCAGGUAGUACUACAUGUUUUGCUAGGUUAGUAGUACAUUGUCAUGCAGAGUAGGUAUCCUUUUCGCCAAAUCGAAUCUACAUGCUAGUAUAGAUACGCUGCAUAUUUCGACAACUACAAAUCUUGAUGGGAGUUUCGUAAGGAGUAAACAAAGAACCACAAGGUCAUUGACGCUGUGGCGUUUUGGCCUGUGUUUUUCAGUUUGAAAGAAACGGAUUUUGAUUCUGUUUUCCGAAUCAUAUCGCACUGACACUGACUAGGUAUUCAUUUCGCAGAAUAUUGGAGCACCAGAUGAUCGAGAAGACGGCGAAACGCAGCAACAAAUGGUGCAUUCAAUGCCAGUCUCGGAUGGCCGAGUAAGAGGCGCUACGCCGCAUUUGAGUGUGUCGUCUCCGGUGGCACGCAACUUCAUCGUCUGCCCGAUGUGUGGCACGCAAAACCCCCGUGGCGUAGAGAGCUGUGUCGCGUGCACGUUCGAUCUCAGAGAGCAAAGUGCAAUACUCGAAAACUUGGAGCAGUUCGAUGCCGUGAACGCUGCGCAGCAGACUCCGAGUCGCAGGUACUCUCUACUAAGCACUAGCACUAGGAGAUGAAUGAUGUUUUUAAUAACGCUACUAGACGACUCCUCUGUCUCACAUUCUGCGCUCAUUUUGAGGACCUUCUCCCUGCCAAGAGCCAAACCUCAUCUUCGCUGAAAUAGAUGUUUCUCGCAUGUUUUGUGAUAUCUCGAAACAAAAUAUACAGCUCCGCGCGGCCGCCUCCCGGACGAACGGGCAGCCAGUUAGUCAUGUCGCGACCUGUACCGGGUCAUGAGCCUCCUCCUUUCCACCCGAAUCAGACUGUUAUCGCCAGAGAGAAAAUGAAAUGGACGAAGCGGUUGAUGCAGAUGAGCCCGGUCGGGACAGGAAGUCACUUCAAGGUACUUGCUGUUGCUCUUGCAUGUGAAGUGUGAGGACUUCAUAAACCCGCUUAUGCAGAGGCACAAGAUGAUCCUUCUUUUCGCGCACGUGAACAGCAUUUUUUUUGAAAGAGUACGCGCAUGACAUACGAAAUACUCACACCUAUUUGCUUGCCAGCACAUUUGACUCAAGAUUUGAGUUUAAGUAGAUCCAUCAUGAUGCUGUCCGUCGAUGUUAUGCAUCCUUGUCGGAGUUACUUAUUAUAGGCUUCAUCCCUCCUCGCUCAAGAUCACCAUCGUAUGAUUUGGCUCAAUGCUUUACCAGGUAGAACGCGGCACAAUUGGACGCGUCACGAGUUUGCAUCCGUUGCGUGUGGUAUGGCGACUGGAAGGGGGUAGGGACACUCCAGCUGGACACGUAAUGCAGCAUCAGAUCGAGGAUGCUGCAACAAGCGCUAUUUCGCAAGAUUCAGCUGCGAAGAAACGGCGUAAGCUGUUUGGGGUUUUUUGACGAUCGGAAGGGGGCUUUGCGGACAAGUAGUUUUUGGAGCGGGGCCUUGAUAAUUAGAAAGCUCGAUGUUCAGUUUUUUACCUUUUCUCCCGUGUUAUUGAAAGUGCAUGCCGCAGUGAAUUUUUAUUGGCGUUUAUUACUUCGUGUUCCUGAUGAGUCGGAAAUUUCCUUUUUUAUUUUUAUGUUCCGGCUUCGAAGUGACAUUAUAAUAAAUUGUCCAAAGUUGUAUUGAUUUUUAGCUGCAUCUUCGGGGUUGAGGAUGCUGUGAACCGCUGGCUAAAAAUGAUAUCAACGCAAAGGAUGAAUUUCGCGAUGUUUCUUCUGUCUGUCUUUGCGCAAGUUGAUUCUUUUCUGAUAGAUUGAUUGAUGGCAAUGUGGGUCAUGUUCACCGCGUGAGAGUUUCCUGUCUCAGAUUUUAUCUUUUUGGUCCAAAUACUAGGUGCUCAUAAAGAUUUUCGUCGCCCCUUUCUUGCCGGGGAAAGAGGAGC